AUGGAGAACGGCUACGACGAUGUGCCACCUCCACCACCACCACCACCGCCUAGCUCAUAUCUACCGCCGCCCCCUCCAUCAGACCCGGUACCACCACCACCACCAAGCGACUUGAACGGCGACGUAUCAAGCGAGUCUGGAACCAAGAAGCGCAAGAUCGGCUGGAGCAAACCAACGCCAAAGGCUCAGCCACUCAGUAUCGAAGAACUGCUGGCAAAGAAGAAGGCAGCCGACGAAGCAGCAGCCAAACCGAAGUUUUUGUCGAAGAAGGAACGUGAGCGUAUAGCGCUGGAAAAGCGCGAGAAGGAGGUUGUGGAGGCGAAGCAAAGGGAGCAGUCCGACAGGUCGAACGGCCACGCAGCUCCUCCACCUCCUCCGUCCUCUCAUGGUCAUGCGAACGGGCAUCGCGGACCUCCCACAGGUCCCCGUAAUGCCCGCAACGGCCAGGUCCCUACGGGUCCUUCAUCCAUGCGUUCGCUGCCGAACAAGGGCUAUGAUAUGGCACCGCCGCCUCCGCCAAAGGAACUCAAAAUUCAGGAUGGGCCAAAGACCUCGAAGAAGGGCUCGGAGCACGACGUCGCAGCCGAGAUGAUCAAGCAACGGUAUAUGGGUGCGGACACCAACACUUCGACUUUCAGUGCAAAGAAGAAGCGGAAGCGGACGACCGAAAAGAAGUUCAACUUUGCCUGGAAUACUGAGGAAGAUACAAGUCCGGACUACAACCCGAUAUACCAGAGUCGUUCAGAGGGGACAAGCUUGUUCGGACGUGGUCGAUUAGGUGGCUUUGCCGAUGACUCGAACGACACCAUGGCCAAGGCAUACGCACGGGCGAUUGAAGAAAGAGACCCUGAAGCCGGACGGGAGCGCGCCAUGGAGAUUCUGGAGAUGGAGAGAAGAAGGCGCGAAGAAGGCGGCAGGAAUGGCAUCGACAAGCACUGGAGCGAGAAGAAGCUCGAGCAGAUGCGUGAGCGUGACUGGCGUAUUUUCAAGGAAGACUUCAACAUUGCUACAAAAGGCGGCGGCAUCCCCAACCCUAUGCGGUCCUGGUCAGAGUCUGGCUUGCCGAAGAACUUGAUGGACAUUGUCGAUGAGGUUGGGUACACACAGCCGUCAGCUGUUCAGCGCGCAGCUAUUCCCAUUGCCCUUCAAUCUCGAGACUUGAUUGGCGUGGCUGUCACUGGCUCGGGAAAGACUGCUGCGUUCCUGCUGCCACUACUGGUAUACAUCUCUGCGCUUCCCCCGCUUGACGAGUCUACCAAGAAUGAUGGACCAUAUGCAAUCAUCCUUGCGCCCACUCGCGAGCUGGCACAGCAGAUCGAGAUUGAGGCUAAGAAGUUCGCGACUCCGCUUGGCUUCACUUGCGUGUCUUUGGUCGGUGGUCACGCCAUCGAACAGCAGAGCUACAACAUGCGCGAUGGCGCUGAGAUUAUCAUCGCCACUCCCGGACGUCUGGUCGACUGUAUUGAGCGCCGCGUGCUGGUGCUGUCUCAGUGCUGUUACGUGAUUAUGGACGAAGCAGACCGCAUGAUUGAUAUGAAUUUUGAGGAACCCAUCAACAAGAUCCUCGACGCCCUGCCUGUAAGCAACCAAAAGCCCGAAACUGACGAGGCUGAGGAUGCUACACUCAUGUCACAGCACUUGGGCGGCAAGGAUCGGUACCGCCAGACCAUGAUGUACACAGCUACCAUGCCUCCAGCUGUCGAGCGUAUCGCUCGCAAGUACCUCCGUCGCCCUGCCAUUGUCACCAUUGGCAACAUCGGCGAGGCCGUCGACACCGUCGAGCAGCGAGUCGAGUUCAUCCAGGGCGAAGACAAGCGCAAGAAGCGUAUUAGCGAGAUCCUCAACUCUCGCGAGUUCGUCCCACCCAUCAUCAUCUUCGUCAACAUCAAGCGCAACUGUGACGUCGUGGCUCGCGAUAUCCAGAAGAUGGGCCACUCCUCCGUUACAUUGCACGGGAGUAAAACGCAAGACCAGCGUGAAGCCGCGCUUGCAGCACUCCGCAACGGCAGCGUCAACAUCCUCGUCGCUACGGAUCUGGCUGGUCGUGGUAUCGAUGUUCCGGACGUCAGUCUGGUGCUGAACUUUAACAUGGCGCCGACGAUUGAAGCGUACACGCAUCGUAUCGGUCGUACGGGACGUGCGGGGAAACAAGGUGUGGCGAUUACGUUCUUGGGCAAUGAGGAUGCGGAUGUGAUGUAUGAUUUGAAGCAGAUGAUUAGUAAGAGUGAGUUGUCGCGGGUGCCGGAGGAGUUGAGGAAGCAUGAGGCGGCGCAGCAGAGGGGUGGGAGGAAGGGCAAGGGGCAUGCGGAGGAUAGUGGUGGUUUCGGAGGGAAGGGAGGAUGGGGCUGA